UUGCCACAUCUCUAAUCCAUGCCUGCGUGGAACUGUCAAUAUUUUUGUGUUAAUAUUUACUCAAAUCCGUGGAAUUUGAUCAAAUUUAAAUUAAAUCAGAGAUAAAAAAUGGCCGCUUCACCACCAGUGCGCACCAAUUGGAAUCCCAAUAAGACACAUAACGAAGUGGAACGAUGGAUUUGCCUCUAUCCGGCCUAUAUCAAUAGCAAAAAGACCCGCCAGGAGGGGCGACGUCUACCCAAGGAGAAUUGUGUAGAGAAUCCCACCUAUAUGGAAAUGCGCGAUGUUCUGUCGGUGGCCAAUAUGCAUUUUGUUGUCGAGAAUAAGCAAUAUUGUCGGGAGAAGAGCAGGGAAUUGCAAUUCCGUGGCCGUGUUCGCGUCCAGCUGCGCAAUGCCGAUGGCACGCUGUACAACAAUGAGUUUCCCACACGUGAGGCCAUAAUGCUUCAUGUGGCCAGCAAAAUACCCCAGCUCAAGACGCGCCAGAACAAGCCAGGCGGAGAAGGCAGCGGUGCCGCCCAUCAUCAGCAGUCUCAGCAGCAAUCUGGUGGCACAGCCGGCGCCAGCGGCGGUGGUGGCGGAAAGAAGGGCAAAGGCAAACGGCGUUAAGUAGGCGUUUUCUCGUUUGUUUUCUUUUUUUUCUCUUAGUUCGGGCUUUUUUUCGUAAUGUUUUUUCUAAAUAUUAAAGUGGGAAAUAUGAAAUUUGAUGUCCUACGGAUUCUGUUAAUGAAAAAGUAAUCUGA